AUGUCCAACAUCAUGAGCAACCGCAACAGCACGCCCGAGGCCACCAGCGUUUCUUCGCUGCGUCCGCCCUCCUCGCGUGCCGUUGGCGCCAACAACCAUGCCCUCCGUGCCUCCGCUGACAUGGCCGCCUUGACCGGACAGGCUGCUGCCGGCCGGAUCCGGCCCUCCUCCGACUUUUAUGGUCAGGUUCAGGGAGGUCAGGGUCAGGGCAAUGUCGAGAUGGACCCGCAGGAUAAGCUAGCCCAGCAGUGGAUCGCCGACAUCGACCAGUACGAGACUACUCUGGAGGAGAUGGCGGCUGCGACCCUUGACCAGGACUUCAAGGAUGAACUGAGUGCCAUCGAACAGUGGUUCCGCGUCCUUAGUGAGGCUGAGCGGACCGCUGCUCUGUAUGCACUGCUGCAGCAGACCACACAGGUUCAAAUUCGCUUCUUUAUUCAGGUUCUCCAACAGAUGGGCAAGAACCAUCCAAUGUCGGGCGUUCUGUCACCCGCAAACUUUGACAAAGAUCCGAUGUCGAACCGUCUUAGUGAUGCUAUGAACAAGCUCACGGUCGACUCGGCCCGCAAUUCGCUUGCUCGCCCGAGUGCGGGCGCAAACGUCAAGCGACAGUCUGGCCUGGAUUCGUCGACUAUCAACGCCAUGUUCCCCGACGCCGCCGCGGCUAUUGCGACUGAGAAGGCCAAGUUUACCCAGCAGACCGGUAACCCGCCGACUUCAACUCGGAACAGCCUGGUGGAUAACCGGAACUCGUUGGUGACUCCGACGAUUUCGGCCCCGAAGGAAGAUCCGGGCAACCAGAACCCGGCGUCUCCCUGGGGUCCCAACGACCCGGGCCGCCCUAAAUCUUCUUCUGGGCAGGCACCCAUGGGCCAAUUUGUGCAACCCCCGCCGUCCACCGGUGGUUUGCGUUCUCCCCGCCCGCAACUUUCGGGCAACACUAACAUUCAGUCGACUACUCUGACGGCUGGGGAGCCGCAGCUGGCCGACCUUCCUCUUCUGUCCCCGUACGGAGCCAGCGGCAAUUGGGCCUCGAUGGUCAACACGCCGAUGGUGCCGAAUUUCAACCAGCAGCAGCAACAGCCGGGACAACAGCAGCCUGGCCAGGGGAACAACGCCGAUAUGGUGGCCAAUGCCACCGCCAUGAAACUCGCCGCCCUUUCGACAGUGAACAAUAGAUUUGCGCUGGACGAUGUGCGCAAGUACCGGCGGGCCCGUUCUAACGAUGCGCCAGGUGCUCCGGCGCAGAACCCUCUAUCGCCCGGCGCGCCUUCCAUUCCCGGGGCCAUCAUGGUCAGCGAGCACGGUGUGCCGCUGAGCCGGGAGCAGGUGAUGGCCCUGCAGCAGUCGCAGAACCUCAGCUUCGCGGCCCAUCGGUCGCGGCCGAAUUCGCCUGGUAUUCCAGUGCAAAACUACGGCCCGGCGCUGGCCUUCACGUCGCCGCAGAAUAACGGCUUCCUAAGCGCUUAUGACGGAGCUUCCUCCCUUAUGAACAAUGGACUGGCUCCAAUGAAUCUCGGUCCGUUCCAGAUGGGCCUGGGCGGCCACCACGAAGGGUACCACUCGGAUCACUCGGACAUGGUGCGUGGCCGGUCUCCGCGCGGUCGGAGAGGCAUGUCGAAGCCCCCCGAGGACCCCACCGACCCUACGCUUUUGCAGGACAUCCCUAGCUGGCUGCGGAGUCUGCGACUCCACAAGUACACAGACAAUCUUAAGGAUAUGAAGUGGACGGAUCUCGUUGAGCUGGAUGACAAGCAGCUGGAAGAGCGUGGUGUCAACGCGCUGGGUGCUAGACGCAAGAUGCUCAAGGUUUUUGAGCAGGUCAAGGAGGCUAGAAACGAGGGCAGGCUGAGCUAG